GAGAUUGAUAAGGAGAGAUUUGGGGGUAUAACCGGAUUCUAUUUGACUUACACUACUAAUACUAAUUCAUACAUGGACUAUAUGUUCUUCUUCUCCUCCUGAUCUUGAUCCCGCUCGACCUUUGACGCAAGUCAAGAAAAGGAGUCCUUUUUCAUCCUUCUGCCCAGACUAUCGCCUAAUCAAAAAUCAAUCAUGGCUGUGACCAUCAAGCGAGCGGCCCUCAUCGUUGCCAGUCUUGGCGUCUUAUCUUUUAUCUUUGGAGUCAUUGCCGAAAACAAGAAGCCUGCAGCUGGAACUCCAAUUUCUGGAAAAGAUGUGGUUAUUUGUAAGUAUCCAUCGGAUCCUUCGGUGGUUCUGGGCUACCUAUCGGUUGCAUUUCUGAUACUAUCUACUCUCACUGGCUAUUGGUCCCUGUUUUACCCCUACAAAGGAAAAUCUGUUCCACAGUCUGUUCUCUUCCAAAACACUAGUUUCUUCGUCUUCUUCAACAUUGCCUUGUUUACAGGUGGCUUAGCAGCCACUCUGAUCUUGUGGCCGACAAUCACAGAGCACCUGCACUUGAUUCGUAAUGUUCAUCACAAUCUCUCCACGGAAUGUCCUACUGCUAAGACUGGACUCCUUGGUGGUGGUGCGUUUGUUUCCCUUGAUUCAGCCCUAUUUUGGUUAGUUGCCCUUAUGUUGGCCGAUAAUGCCCGAGAGGAUCACUUUGAUGAAGUUGAAAAAGACAGGAAAGUUGAGCAUGCUCAGGUUCUCGCAUCUGCUGAAUACCAUGUCAAAGGGGGUGCUGUGUAAUGCAGUUCGUGUCUCAUGUUCCAUCAUCAACUGCCAAAUAUUUGUCCCCAACUAUCUUCACUUUUAUGUAUAUUGUUUAAACUUCGUUUCCAUUUCUAAGUAAUAAUUAUCCGCUAGUAGUAUUUGUUCAGCA